AUGCCGGUAAUACCGAGUGAGGAAGAAUGGCUAGAGCAGACGGCGAGGGCUCAGCAGAAGAUCCAGGAAACCCAGAUCGACGAUCCAUUGCUCAACGAUGCGCCGACUCACCCAAUCGCUCAACUGCAGGGCCCUUUUGAGGAGUCCAUAGCUGAAUCAACAGUUGGGUCACACAACAAUUGGCAAGUUUUCAUAGACGCGCAUGCUAGGCGAAACCAGGUGUUGACGGCUUCCGUUUACGAACGUCUGUGCGGGAGAAGAUGGAGGCAGCGACCAAAUGAGAAGUACCAUCCGCUCUGGAAGUUGGUGUCUCAGAUAGUUUUCGGUAUUCAUCUGCUUGCAAAAGGCUUGGCCAAGUCAGAGUCGGCUGUGAUCAAGAUUCUGCAGGUUCAUGUAGUCGAGCUCGAUGGCUUUAUUGAGAACGCGACAGAAGAUAUAGCUCUUGCUUUCAGCGAUAUUGAAGAGCGUUUGAGUCACUUGCGCCUGCCGCUCGGGAAUAUCCCAGUGUUUAACGAUAUGCUAACGGACGAUGCAUUCCGACAGAGAGUUGUCAAAGACCACGAACGGAUUGAGCAUAUAAUUCGGCGCACUGCACUCGCUAUGGAAGAUCAUUCUAAAGAUAUAGAGAAGGGCUUACAAUCUGUUGGGAUCCUGGGCAUGUAUCUCCUUGACUUGAAGGAUGAUAGGGAUGAUCAGACGCAUAGGCUGGGUGCGAUUUACCUCGCUAUGGUUGGCAAUGUCGAAGGUUGGAAGCGAGAACUUAGACGGCUAAAACACAAGGCCUACAAGCUCGCUAUAAGCUUAUCCAAGUUGCAUCAUGUCGCGUUCGAGAUACAACGGCUUGUCGACAUAGCGAACAGGAAUAGCAUAGUAGCAACAACACCGGUAUCUCGUGGCCAUCGCCAUCCAAAACAUAUCCAAAACAAUUCGAAUAGACUGGCCACAAUCAAGGACAGCCCGCUUCCACAAACGCCAGCAGAUGCGGAGUCUUAUACAGCUGAGGCUCAGGUGGUUCCUAUCGUUGCAGGUUUUACUCCACCCACAUUAAUCAAGGCAACGUCUGUCCAAGGAAAUCCCGCGCCAAUGAAUACUGCUUCUAUGCUUCGACCUGAUCAUCAACCAAAACCGGUGGAAAAGAAGAAAGACCUGGGCAACAAGUCAGAUCGCUAUUAUGCUCGUUCGAAUACUGCUCAUACGAAACCACAACGAUCUGCCACAGAACCGGUAAUGUCAGGAAGUCAAAUAAAGAAUACCCUUCGAAAAGAGCGAAAAGAAGAGCAACAGCGACCGAAGACGUCAUCUUCCAAAGUUACAGAACGGUCUACUGCGCCAGAAAAGGAAUCAAACAAACCGCGGGCCAGAUUCGGUUCUAAGAUUAACCAAUUUCAAAAGUCGACUUCCAAGAUAUUCAGUGUUUCGACCUUCUCCAGAAGUAGCAUCAAGAAGAAGGAGAAUGAAACGGAAUCCAAGAUAGAGGCUGGUAAAAAGCAGUCAAAACGAACGGACCGGUCGUGGAUUGAUUCUGAGACUCAUGACAAACAAAUGAGUUGGUCUCAUUUACCAGGGGAACGGUCCGAGGGCCAUACUUUGGCAUCCAGGAAGAAUGCAGCACCAGAAUUUCCUCACUUGUUCUACCUGUCACUCCUGGAGGAUCAGUCACCAAGUGAUGAAGGAGAAGAUCUGAAGUCACUACAUGAGGAUACAAAGGAUAUAGUCAACAGAGGUGAUGAACAUGAAAUAACCGCUUUACCCGUCAUGACAGAUUCCAUGAUGGGAUCUAAGGAGAGAUUCGGUCCAGACGACGACAUGGCAGCCGAGGUCGCUUCGACGUAUUCAACGAAGAAUCGCAGAUUUAGAGCAAAGAAUCUACAUGUACCGCCCCUUCCCAAACCUAAAUUUUCCAAGUCCUCCAAUUCAGACAACAACCAUGUGAUUUAUCAGAAUCGCAACUGGCUACGCCCCAAACCUUCUACCGUCUUUUCCUUUAUGUCGUCGAAAAAGGGCGCAGAAGAGGCUUCCCUGAACUCUGGUACAUCUGAAAUACCGUCGAGAUCCAUGUCAUCAUCUCAUUCGAGUAAUACACAUGGAUCAACCGCUCCUAAACCGUCAUUCAAUCCAACAUGGGCUACGCAUAAAGAUGGAUCGUCUAGAAAUGUGGAUACGCCUCCAAUAUCCCCAAUGACUCACUAUAACCUAACGACAUUCUCUUCUUCAGCAGGAGCGAACGCAAACAUGAGACCUGGAACAGGCCAAUCAAGUGUAUACGGAAGUGUAGGUGAAAAUCCUACUCCAGCAAAUAGCACUUCUAGAAAACCUUCUACUGCCAACCAACACGAGCGGAAGGGAUCUGCCGGUGUGAGAGCGAAAGGCAGUGGCGAUUUGCGAAGUACAUCCCCCAUCACGGUCACCACAACACUCGUGAGGCCUCAACAUGGAAAUCUGAGUCUCUUCCCUCGAACACCGACGACACCCAGAGUUCGAAAAGGGGUCUCAACGACCUCGCUUAGAGAGGUUACGACUGCGGAUGAUAUUGACGAUAGACCUUCUAGAAGCCGGGGAUAGCCUCGCGCCAUCCUUUUCUAUACAUUCUAUAUAGACACUAGCAGGACUUGAUAGGUAGUGAAUAGAAAAAAAAUUCAGGCGGUACAGGUCAAA